UGAGGACUGAAUCCGCUGAAUCCGCUGAAUCCGCUGAAUCCCAGUGAAAACGUCCACUAGAAGGUCCACACGACUGUCUACUCGUUGGGUGAAUUCGAUUGCCACGCUUUAAGACGCUCGAGGGUUACGACCAUGUUUGGCUCGAGCUCGGCCUUCGGUGCGAGCAAUCCCGGCACGGGUGGAUUCGGCGCGGCCAAUCAGACCGGCUCGACCAAUCCCAUGAAAGACUUCGAAGUGAGUGCCGCCCCCGACGAUUCGGUGUCGUGUCUGCGGUUCUCGCCGCCCGCUCUCAAUAGCACCUUCCUCAUCGCCGGAUCGUGGGACAACAAUGUGCGCCUUUGGGAGAUCCAAGCCAAUGGCACCUCCGAACCCAGGCAUCAACAGAGCAUGCAGGGCCCGAUUUUGGAUGUCUGUUGGCAAGAUGAUGGGAGCAAAGUGUUCAUGGCUUCGUGUGACAAGCAAGUCAAGAUGUGGGACUUGGGCUCGAAUCAGACGAUGCAGGUGGCCGAGCACGGCGCGCCCAUCAAAUCCAUCCGGUGGGUCAAGGCUCCCAAUUACACGGCCCUCAUGACCGGCUCGUGGGACAAAACCCUGAAAUUCUGGGACACACGCUCUCCCAAUCCCAUCAUGAGCAUCGACUUAGGCGAGCGGUGUUACUGUGCUGACGUGGACUAUCCCAUGGCCGUAGUGGGCACGGCCGGAAGAGGCAUUAUCAUCUAUUCCUUAGAAGGCCAACCCAAAGAGUUCAAGCGGAUCGAACCGCCGCUCAAAUAUCAACAUCGCUGCAUCUCAGUCUUUAAAGAUAAGAAGGGACAACCCACCGGCUUUGCUUUGGGGAGUGUGGAAGGACGAGUGGCCAUUCAGUAUGCCAAUGCCACCAAUCCCAAGGAUAAUUUCACGUUCAAAUGCCAUCGUUCGAAUGGCGUGAGUAACGGUUUCCAAGACAUUUAUGCCGUUAACGAUUUGGCAUUCCACCCUCAACACGGAACGCUCGCUACAGUCGGCUCAGAUGGACGAUUCUCGUUUUGGGACAAGGAUGCCCGGACCAAACUGAAAACGUCGGAGCCCAUGGACCAACCUAUCACGGCCUGCUCAUUUAGCAGUAAUGGGCAGAUUUUUGCUUAUGCCGUCAGCUACGAUUGGUCUCGGGGCCACGAGUUUUACAAUCCUCAGAAGAAGAACUACAUCUUUCUUCGGCCGUGCUUUGACGACCUGAAACCCCGAGCCAAACCUUGAGUGCCCUGUGACGAUGGGUCAAGCAUAGCCCGCCAUCUCAGCUCGCCACCGAUCUCUCGUCGCCUGGUUAUUUCUAAUAUUCUCAACAUCAUGCUUGUGUAUUAUUAUAAUGUUGGAGGAAAACGCAGAUAUAUUUUGACUAAA